AUGUUUGGAAACAACUCGCAAGCAACCGCUUCACGACCAGAGCUUUACACUUUCCACAAGAUCGUUGCCAACACUGCUGGCACCACUACUAGCACAUCUCCCUCCAAUGAGUCUCUCAAGAGGAGGAGAAAGGGCGCAGCAUCCGCCCUCAACCGCCCAUCCAUUGAGACUUACAUCCCCUACUUGGACCUCGAGACACGCGACUUCCUCAAAGCAGCUCUCAACUACGGCAAGGCAGACAAGGUCACCAUUGACCCGCUUCCCCUCGUUCAGAGACUCAGCUUGUCACUGGCAGUCACACUGAACUGGGGCAUGCGAUUCCCCGGCCUCGACGACGGACUCUUCAAGGAAACCACGACAGUCGAGGGUGAGGCCAGCCUCACGAGGAGCGUCACGGGCAACAUGCAGAACUACGAUAUCCCCCUCCUCCGCUACAACCCCUUCUCAGCCGGAAGGCGUCACGACGUCGAGAUGAGAAUCCGCCGCGAUAAGUACCUGUCCAAGCUCAAUGGCGACCUGGAGGAGAAGAUUCGCAACUGA